UGUUAGCUCAAUGGUCAAAACAUUAGUAUGCGUUUUACUUGGUCUCAGAUUUCUGUACUUUCUUGGAAUUUCAAUGGAUGCAGAUAAAUCAUCUUCUUCAGGUCGAAAGCAUAGAUUUACUCCAAAAGUUCCGUCACAGCGAAAGACCAGAUCAACUGUUUCUAAAAAAGAAAAGGCAGAGGAAGAGGAUGAUCUCGAAACCAAGCAGCAAUUGCUACAGCGUUUCAGUGAACGUGGCAAUCGUACACACCGGCCCAAAGUUGAGGAUAAAGUACAACCCACAUUCAUUCAUGGGGCAAAGCGAGCUACUUCUGCCUUGGGGUCAAUUGUUCCUAAUGAUGGAAGUUUCCAACAGACUAGUGAAUUAGAGUUGAUGGACUUGGAUGACAGUAUCGAGCAGUCUGUUUCGUCACUAUCUGUAGUUGGACCAAGUGCACUAAAACAGAGACCAACUGAUGCUUCAGUCCCUAAAAGCAAGGAGUACAGAGAACCUUGGAACUAUGAAAGUACUUAUUAUCCAACAACACUUCCUUGGAGGAGGCCAUACUCUGGUGAUCCAGACAUUCUUGAUGAAGCUGAAUUUGGGGAAGGUGCAAUGUAUUCCGAAUACCAGGAAAGCACCCUACGUCCUGCAACAGAACUUGGAUUUCUGAAUCCAGAUGAAACUAGUGAAAAUGUUAGACUACUGUUUCUCCAAUUUCCUCCGUCUCUCCCAGCCAUCAAGCGAUCUGCGUCCGUUAAGGGGAAGGAAAUAGAAGGCAAUUCAGGACCGUCAGGUCACAAGGUUCCGAUGACAAUGAACACAGGGGCAAAGAGAUCACCUACAACUGGUACCUCACAACAAAGUUGCAGUUUCAACGAUUUGUCUGCAGGACAGAUGGGGAAGUUGCUUGUCUACAAGAGCGGAGCUGUCAAACUUAAACUUGGAGAAUUCCUUUAUGAUGUUUCACCUGGAUCAGAUUGCUCUUUUGCCCAAGACGCAGUCGCCUUCAAUACCAAACAGAAGGACUGUUGUUGUGUCAGAAGCCUUGAUAAGCGAGCCAUUGUGACCCCUGACAUAGAGUCUCUCUUGAAUAGCGUGACCGACCUUUAGCUAGGCAGAACAAGUUUUUGGCGUCUUCAAAGACCAUUACUAAUGUUACUUUUAGUAGUAAAAUGAAAGAGACUGAAAGAGUAUUAUUGUUGUUAUGUGUGAAUAUACUCUCAAGUUUAUGACAAUUGACAAGAAAAUUAUGCAAAAGAAUCAAAACUUGUUUGUU